GCUUUGGCGGCCCGGGCGUGCUGGCCGGCAGCGCGCAGCAGCCGUGGUGGUACAAGUGGCUGGGGCCCCGCGAGGGCGGCCGCAAGCCGGCGGUCCCCGCGAUGCGCAUCGAGCCCAAGACCUACUUUGCCAACGAGCGCACGUUCCUGUCCUGGCUGCACAUGAGCGUCACCAUCGGCAGGUGCGGCGGUUGA